AUGGAGGGCGAGGUUCUGGGAGAGGACGCGCUGCUGCAGAAGCUCAGGGACAGCCGCCGCCGCUUCCAGAGGCGCAUGCAGCAGCUGAUAGAGAAGUACAACCAGCCCUUCGAGGACGCCCCGGUGGUGCAGAUGUCCACGCUGACCUACGAGACGCCCCAGGGAUUGCGAAUUUGGGGAGGAAGAUUAAUAAAGGAAAGAAAUACGGGACAAAUCCAGGGCUCCCCGGUGAAGACGGACGACAGGACAGAUGGACCCACGCGAGUCCCAGCUGGAGGUCACGAGCUUCCCUUGCCCUGCACACAAGUUGAGGAUUCAGUAAGCAGUGAUACUGAUACAACUUUAUUCCAAGAAGAUGUGGUUGCUGGUAACUUGAUGCCUGCAGUGCCCUGGAGCCCAUUGAAAAAUGAGCUAAGGAGGAAGUACUUGACACAAGUGGAUAUCCUGCUGCAGGAUGAAGGGUGUUUGGAGUAUGCCAGUUACGGAGAGGGAAAGGACACCCGUACGACCCUGGUCCCUUCAUUGGCCUCGCCCUCCAGGCCUGCCCGAGGAUACUACGGUGGCAACUCUGAAGAGAGUCCCGGUGGCCCAUUUCAGCCAACUUCAUUGCCCAGAGAGGGUGAUGCUUUGCACUCUAGCUCAGCAGACCUGGCCCUGGUGCCGAGGGGUGAUGGCAUCUCCUUACAGGGAGGGACCGGUGGCAGCAGCUUCUCGAGCGGCCCAUGCUCUGAGGCUGAGGACAUCUGCAACGCGACGCUCAGCGAUCUGUACGCAGGCAUGCUGCACUCCAUGAGCUGCCUGCUGGGUGCGAGGCCCUCCUGCGUCAUCUCCACCAAGACGUUCAUCCGCCAGAACUGGAGCUCCAAGCGGAGGCACAGGUGUAAGAGCAGAAUGGACAGAACAAGCUGCAGAGGAGGCGGGCGCUCUCGGAGGAGCCCCCGGGAGAGACGUCCACCCGGCUCCGAACCUGCGAAGGACGUGGCAGUGUUAAGAGAUCGCGAGAACGUACUCGAUGUUUCUGGCCAUAAGACGGGUUUAAAACUGGGAAGGGCUUUGCUUGAAAUAAACCAACCCCAGAUCCACGCAUUCGCUUCACAUUGGAAGGAGCUUCCGAGAACGCCUCAGAAGCAUCAUUCUUCAUUGACUUACUUAGACUCCAAUGCAGUGUAUCAUCUUGAUCAGGAAAAUAGAUUCAUGACAUUAAACUGGUUGAUUUCUCCUGUAAAAAUAGGUUCUAGACCCAGAGUACCGCCGGGCGAGGGAGGGAAUCGUUACAGGGAGAUCGAAAUCAGAUUUGACAAGCUUCAUCAGGAAUAUUGCUCGAAUCUUAGGAAGCAGCCCUGCCUGACAUACCUUCCCGGCUCCUCGUCUGUGGAUGUGUACAGAGGUGGUCCAGCAAGCCCUGGGAGCCCCCAGGGCAUAGAAGCCCACAGGCCGAGUAGCCCUCUCCGCAGAGCAAAAGCUAAGAGGUUGAGUGAGGCUUUUGAAAGCCUGGGCAAAGGAUCUAUCAGAGAGGGUAGCUGCCCACCAAAGAGUGAUUCCUUCCCUUCCCUUUCAAAGACCAACUCCACAUGCAGCCCGGGCCGCUCGGAGCAGACCUCUGACCUUGCUUGUCAAGGAAAUGAUCCGGGAGGAUUUAGGAAGUCGGUAUCACUCAACAAAGCCAUUUCAGUACCCAGGGUACAGCCUCCAGGCUGUGCCAGGGAUCGUUACGAUGACAUUAAAGAAAAAUUUGACAAGCUUCAUCAAAAGUAUUGCCAAAAAUCGCUUCAGCAGACGCAGGUGCCUUCAGGUACCAGAGCAUCUCCAGAUAAAGCAAGUGUGGGAGUUCGGUAUCCAAAAGAAGAUUUCUCAGGAAAAUUCCAUCCAGACUCUGGCUCCCAGGGCCCCCCAAGCUUGUCAUCAUCACCCCAGCAGAGCAUUAAGAGUCCCCUCGGCUCAAACACAAUUGGGGCCCCUCCAUCUACAGGCUUUGCUCUCGAUGCCAGCUGGGGCCACCAAGUCCCCACAAAGCGACGCCGAUUAUCAGACCCUCAGGUGUGCAGACGGUGGACUGGACCCUGGGAUUUCUCACCUGUGGGCAGAGCCAUCCCGAGGCCUGGGGAAGAGGCUGGCUCCGUAUAGGCCACCUGGGAAGAGAAGAAGAGCAGGAGUCAGCCCUUGGAGAACCCCCAGCAGCAUCCCACACACGUGAGGGGCCGGACCACACGCUGCUGCUCGGCCCACGGUCUCCUGUCCUCCCCACUGAAGCCCAUCUGCUCCCCAGCCUUGGCCACGGUUUAG